GAAAAAAUUUCAUUUCCAACAAAGACGUUUGGCGGACGCCAUUUUUUCCAAUAUUUUCUCAAAUCAAGUCAUCUUUUUGAGUUUUUUAUGACUGAUCAUGUCAUGAAUGUUGAUCUCCGUAGACUUUAUGUUGAUUGACGUAUUAGUGGGCGCGAAAUUAAUACAGUUUUCAAUUUUGAAGACAUCACGCUGCGUAAAUCAGUGAUACAAGUUAUGAAGAUAAAAUUGCCGCGUGAUCGUUUCCCGUCGACAUCCUCGACUGAAGACAUCGAAACCGGCACCGAGUGGGACAUGAAUCGGCACAGCAUCCCACAUCCGCUCCCUUACCCACAUCCCGUCCCGGACAUGUUGCAUCCCAUGCGCCAUCCUCCCCCGCAAGCAAUCAUAGUCGGCUCAGUACGGAAACGUCGCGGCAACUUACCGAAGCAUUCGGUUAAGAUAUUAAAGAGAUGGCUUUACGAACACCGGUACAAUGCGUAUCCUAGUGACGCGGAGAAGCUUGCCUUGAGUCAGGAGGCAAAUUUAAGUGUUUUGCAGGUUUGCAAUUGGUUUAUAAACGCCCGUCGCCGUAUCUUACCGGAGAUGAUUAGACGCGAAGGUCACGAUCCUUUACACUAUACGAUCUCGCGUCGUGGCAGGAAGCAGCCCGGUGCUGCAGCAGGAGUGGGACCAAUGGUGAGGCUCUCUGCCGCCUCGACAUCAGGAUACGGGCUGGGCCACGGUAACGUCACUGUAACAUCCUGGGACAGCAUUAUGAUGGAGAAUCGAGUGGAAGUUCGCAAUCACGACUAUGGCAACGAUUUGCUAGUGUAUCGUAGCGACGGAGAGCUCGGCGAGGAAGGCUACGCCAGCACUCUGAGCGAGGAGGAGGUGAAGUACGAUCCCUCGGUCUGGCAGUCUGUCAUCAGAUACGGGCCUGACGACUUGCAUCCCGCUUCGAGAGGGAACCCUUCAGUCGUGACGGUGGCCACAACAGAAGCAAACGCGGCACAACAAAAGUCUGAGAUCGUCACAACAAGCGACGGCAGCACGUGGCACUCGCUGCAGCCCGUCUCGCAGCCAAGCGCACGUGUACACUCUGCCCAACUGCAUCCCCACGCUCAGAUACCGACGCACGCUCAACUGCAGAAUCUUGCCCAGAUGCAGUAUCACGGGCAGCUUCAGGCGCUUAGACCGAGACGGAUGCAGGUGGUGCCGAGCAUUGAGGACGGUGAGGAGGACUUCAAGCGCUUGUAUCUGCUCGUCGAGACGGCUGUAGCGGUCCGCCAGAGGGAGAGGGAACAGGAAGCUCUGUUACCGCACUGCUAAAAUCAUCGGUCCCCACACAUUUGGGCUUUUGUUGCCAAUGUCAAUAAACAAUGACGCUUGUAUUAUUGACAUCUCCAACAGGUGUAAAAAAAACGAUCUCUUCAACAAAGAUAAGUGGAAUGAUGCCUGAUGCAAUAUUAUCGACCCGAUAAUUUUAUAGAAAGAGCAAUCGAAAAAUACAUUCAUAACCAAUAAAUUAACUUCCUAAUGCGAUAAGUUCUAAUAAGCUUGGCUCAGUAAAUUAACAAUACUUUCUGUUUAUAAUGGGGGGUACAUUAUUUCUGGAGGAACCCUUAAUUCAUGUAUGAUAUGUUAAGAUGAACACAUUUUAUAAGUACAGAAAUUCCUACUUUCCGUGUUGCAAGAACGAUUUGAUACAAAAUAAUUUGAAACAAAGUAUGCAAUUGUACGCAGUACACUUGUUACCAAAAAGUUUUCUGAACUAUCGAUGUGUACGGACCAGACUUAUUGUGUAAGCAAACUUAGGUAUUUAAGUGCAGGAAAUCUUCACGUAACUGUAAGUAUACUUUGGCAAUAAACAAGCAAUAUUUUUUGAUAGA